AUGGCGGUGCCCGGCGCCUUCCUCGUGCCCAUCCUCCUCCUCCUCUGCGGGCUGGGCCCCUACCUUGCUGCUGCCCACAGCCCCCCAGGGGUGGAGUGUGUCCUCUUCAACGAGGAGUACCUGACCUGCACGUGGGGGAGCAGAGAGACACUCACGGCCAACUACUCCCUCUACUACUGGUAUGAGAACAGGUCCCCCGUGGUGGAGUGCAAGCACUACCUGCAGGACCAGGGCAUCAGCAUCGGCUGCCGCCUCAACCAGAGCGAGAUCAUCCAGUUCCAGCCUUUCCAUGUCCUCGUCAAUGCCAGCCUUGGCGGCAGGACCCUGGAGAUCCCCAGCGAGCGCAUGCAGCUGCAGGACCUGGUGAAACCGGAGGCGCCCGUCAACCUGACCAUCCGCAACAUGAGCAGCAACCAGCUGCAGCUGACCUGGACCUCCCCGUACCCCAAAGCCCAGUGCCUGGAGCACGCCGUCAAGUACAGGAGCAACAAGGACACCAGCUGGACGGAGCACCAGGUGAAAGGAGACGUCUUCUCCCUCCCCAGCGUGGACUAUGAGAAGUACUACACCUUCUACGUGCGCAGCAAGAUCAACAGCUACUGCGGCAGCACCCAGCUCUGGAGUGAGUGGAGUGUCCCCGUGGUCUGGGGCAGCAACUCCACCAGCAAGGGUAGGGCUACCGGUGUACCCACCCCACUGCCGUGGUGGUGCACCAGCCGGGGGUCCAUGUCACCCUGGCUCUUUCCAGGUACGGCAGAGGAGCAGCUGCACUGGUUCUGGAUCCACACGGUCUUCAUCCCCAUUGCCUCCUGCCUGCUCUUGCUGGUCCUCGUCGUCCUGCUGGUGCGCAUGGAAAGGGUGUGGGUCAUCCUCAUGCCCCGAAUCCCCAACCCCAGCAAGAACUUUGACGAGCUCUUCAUCACCCACAACGGCAACUUCCAGGAAUGGGCCGGAGUCCCCAAAGAUGUCGUGGAGAGCUUCAAGCCCAACUACAGUGAGAACAUCUGCUAUGUGAGCGAGCUGCCCCCCAAGGAGAGCUAUGAGCCCCUCUGGGAGAGCAGCAACCACCCACCGUCUGUUAUGCCUGGGGCCCUGGCUGCCCCCCGCGAGCACAGCCCCUACAAGAACAGCUACGUGGGAGUGUGACACACUCCUGCACCC